AUGGAGCCGAACCUAGGAGAGCCCACGUCAGGAGAGGAACUGGAGGUGAACGGAAGAGAGCCCCAUCUGGUCCAAGUUGGGACGAUUAAAGAGUUCCUGGCUGGAAAUCUGAUGGCUGUCAAACAGGAGCCAGCCGAGGGGCUGCCGGAGGAGUGGGAAUUGCAGUGGCAGGAAUUCUUGGCCACUCUGGAGCCCCAGGACUGGGCGAGGAAGACCCCACAGCUGACCAGCGCUCAGUCAGCUGAGGACUCAAAGGAGCUGGAGUCCUCCUUGAAGGGCAUGGCUGAUACCCCAGGAGGGAAGGGAGCCCAACCCUCACCAGGCCCUGGAGGGGCGGCCUGCAAUAGUCUGGACCCUUCCUUGAACGUGAAGGAAGAGAUUCCAGAUGAGGAGGACCCCGCCAGCUCAGAGAUGUGGCGCCGCCGCUUCAGGCAGUUCUGCUACUGGGAUGCUGAGGGCCCCCGGGAGGUUUGCGAGCAGCUCUGGAGGCUGGGCUGUCAGUGGCUGAAGCCGGAAACCCGCACCAAGGAGCAGCUCUUGGAGGUGCUGAUCCUGGAGCAGUUCCUGAGCAUCCUGCCCCUGGCAAUGCAGCGCUGGGUCCAGGGACGUGGUCCGGAGACCUGUGCCCAGGUGGUGGCCCUGGCCGAGGGCUUCCUCCUGAGGGACGGAAGAAAGUUACUGGAGCCCAAAUCAAAACCAGAUCCGUCAGGUGUGGUGCAGACGCAGCUGUCCCUGGAGAUGGUGAAGGACGAAGACCUCUUCUCCCAGCUGGACUCGCUUCAACCUGGCUGA